GGCUCUUAACAGGCUCUCUCUCCCGUUCUUCCCUGUUGUGCCCUCGCCCAUCUCUGCCGUCACCGGCACCGCCGCUUGCUGCCGUUCCUUAGCCACCGAAAGAAAAUAGCUCUCCGUUGUCUUUGAAGUUAAGGUGAAUUUGAAAGUACAAAAUGCAGAAUGACGAAGUUAUAUGGCAAGUCCUCAGGCAUAAGCACUGCAGUUUUAUGACCAAAAUUACCGCUGGAAUUUUUUGUCGGAACCCUUACAAUUUGACUGGGAUUUGUAACCGGAGCUCAUGCCCACUUGCCAAUAGUCGUUACGCUACCAUUCGUGAUCAUGAUGGAGUCUUCUACUUGUAUAUGAAAACUAUAGAGAGGGCUCAUAUGCCAAACAAGUUGUGGGAAAGAGUGAAAUUGCCUCGCAAUUAUGAGAUGGCACUAGAAAUUAUUGACAAAAAUCUGAUGUACUGGCCGAAGUUCCUUGUACACAAGGCAAAGCAGCGGCUGACUAAAAUGACACAGAUGCGGAUACGCAUGAGGAAGCUUGCCCUUAAAACAAGGGAGAAGGUAAUGACAGCUCCUAGAAAAGAAAAGAAGAGAGAAGCUAGACGAGAGGAAAAGGCUGAAAGGGCAGCAGUUUUGGAAAAGAAUAUUGAGAAAGAGCUGGUUGAGCGUGUACAAAAAGGAAUGUAUGGUGAUUUAUAUAAUUAUCAUACGGAAGCAUUUAAUAAAUUUCUUGAUGAUUUUGAGGGACCAGAAAAGGAUGUAAAUGAAGACGAGAAAGAGGUAGAAACAGAAUUUGUUGAAUGGAAUGAUGAAUAUGAAGACGAAGAUGAUUUGGAGGAUUUCAAUGGUCUUCCAACUGACGAAAUUGGCUUAGAUGAUGAUGGUGAUGAUGAUGAUGGCGAUGAUGAUGAUGAUGAUGCAGAAGAAGUGGCGGUGGAUCGAAAGAGGGGGAGGACAGAUUCCAAAUAUGCUUUAAAGAAGCAGGAGAAAGAAGCUAAAAAGAAGAAAGGAAGAGCUCUUGUGGAGGUUGAGCAUGAAGAUUCAGAUAGAAGGCAGAAGGCAACUAUAUGAAUCAGAGAGGUGGGGUUGUCUGAAUGAUGAUGUUGUAAAAGUUUUGAUCUCCUUUUCUACCCUUUUACAACUUUGUUGUUUUUAAUGAUGAUGAUGAUGAUGAUGAUGAUGAUGAUGAUUUGUAUUUGGGAAUUUUACAUUUUGAUCAAGAAUUAAGUUAUAGGGAUGGGAGAGAUUAGAUGUAGGUGCCUUCAAAUGUCAUUAGUUUUUUUGCAAACAUUUUUCUUUCCAAGAGAGGUUUCUUUUUAAC